CGUAGUCCUCGCCUUCCGGUCUCCCCGCCGGAAGUGGCCCGUGGCGCAAGGCAUUGUGGGGAUCAUGGCGGCUGCCCUUUGCCGGUGCUUCUUCAGCGCGGUGAGGGUCUCGGGAGUCUUACAGGCCCCGCCAGGCGCCGGCCUUUCCGGAUUAACCUCGAACCUGCUCCAUAAGAAAACUACAAAAGUAGAGCCCUUCUAUCAGUGUAAGUUUCUCCAUACUACUUUGUCACGGAGAGGACUGGAGGAGUUUUUUGAUGACCGAAAAAACUGGGGAGAAACUGUAGUUAAAUCUGGGGAUGAGUGGCAUGCAAAACACCUAAGAAACAAGAGUAAUGAAGAUUUGCACAAACUUUGGUAUGUCCUAUUGAAAGAGAAAAACAUGCUUUUAACUCUAGAGCAAGAAGCAAAGCGACAAAGUUUACCUAUGCCAAGUCCGGAACGAUUAGAAAAGGUGGAAAAGUCUAUGGGAAGAAUAGACUUAGUUAUUAAAGAAAGAGAAGUUGCUCUGCGGCUGUUACAAACAGGCCACGAAAACCCGCGACCUGGCGAGUGGAGAAAUGACUUCUUAGGACGCACCUACUGGUACAAUUCCAAAGAGUGGCCAAUACCUUGGUACCUAAACAAAAAAUACAACAGGAGGAAAUUCUUCUACUCGCCACGUGUGAAACAUUUCAUCAGACUCAGAAUAGAACAACACUUGAAAAAACAAGCAAGGAUGAAAAGCUUAGAAAAAAAGAAACAGCUCCUUUUACAAGAGAAAUUCCCUCACCUUGCUGCACAAUCACAGAAUUAAUAUCAAGCUGGAAGCGUGAUGCAAGUAAUAGUUUUAUUGCAGUAGUCUUAAGAUGCUACAUGUGACUGGCAUGUAGUGUGAACAUAUUUUCAGUGGGCAGCAGAUAAAGAACAGGGCUGCCUGUGAGGGUUUUUUGUUCUCUUUUUCCCUGCCCAAAUAAAGCUCCUCAACCCUAAAAAUAAAAUUCAUAUCUGGGUUGAGAGAUCUUCAGAGCAAAACAAUAACAAUUUGUACUGAGUCAUUUAACUGAUUGAUAAAAUACUACUUUUCCAGAAACCAGGUGCUGAAAAUUAAUGUUUUAAUAUUACGUGUCAUUUACUAUAAAGCUGAAUUGUAUAUGCUUAACGGUAAAAAGGCAUCUGCAAGACAGAUUGCAAUCAAGGCAGUUGUAGACAUGUGUCUGCUUUAGCUUUAAAUAAAGAGGUCUUCUCUCCCUUUUUCUUUUUUGCACUUAACACUUAGCGUAGCACAUUAUACAAACUAUAGCAGCUGUCCAAUGCACUGGACUGCUCUAUUUAAGUACAACAAAAUAACAAAUGCAUUAGGCAGCAAAUUACACCAGCAAACUGACCACCUAGUUGUAAAAUCAAGUAGGUAAGGGAAAGGAAUAGAAAGUUCAAGAGCAACAUCUCUACAGAAAGCAAUGGUAAAUUAGAUAGGGCACGUCUCAGUCAAAUUAAUUUUAAAUCUGGCUUGAUAGCUGUCUCCCAGUUUUCUUAGUAAGGAGGGAGUAGCUUGAAGAUAACCAGGAAUUUAGCCUGUGCUAUCUUUGGUAGAUUCAGUGGAAAUGUUCACAUUUUCUAACAUAGCCCUACACUUAUUUUUGUAAGUCACUGGCUCUUUGCUUUAUCACAUUAGAGCCUGCAGCCUAAUUAUGUUCCUGGCAGGGGAAAGCUUUCAAAUAUUCUUCAGAAAUAAAUAUUUGCAUUAGUAGUAGCACAACACUAGAUACCUAAGUAACAAGUUAAGGACAACUUUGCUAUUUGCAAUUAAAGUUUAGGUAGUUUCAUGUAUAAUGUAUACUAAGAUAUACAUAGCAGCACCCAGCUCUUCCCUAUUAAUAAAGAUAUUUAGCUGUCAA